AUGCUAAAACGAUUUAAAAAAUAUAAUAAUCCAAUGGAUGAAAUAGAACUAAGAGUGCUUAGUGAUCGUUGUAAUAGAAUUACGCGUGAUGCCUACAACAAUUAUAACGAAAACCUGGAAAAGCAAGUUCAGAAUAAUCCGAAAGCAUUUUGGACGUUCCUAAAGAGUAAACGCAAUAAUUCUAACUCGUAUCGAGCUGCUAUGAAAAACGGAGUUAAAACUUCUACUAGCGGAGUUGAAAUAUGCAAUAUGUUCUCUAGUUAUUUUGCUUCGAUAUAUGUUGAUUCAAAUAGUUCCUGUCGUUUUGAUCCGUCAUCUCAUUUACGAAAAAUCCUCUAUUUAGGCUUUAAUGAAAAUCUAGCAAGUAUAGAAAUAAAUCAGAAUGAAAUCUUCAAAAAGCUGAAGGGUUUCGAUAUUAGGAAAGGUGCAGAACCGGACUAUUUACCACCGGUAUUUAUAAAAAAUAGUGCAACUAGCCUAUCUUUGCCUUUAUAUCUUAUCUAUAAAGCUUCGCUGUGUUCAGGUACUUUUCCAGAUUUAUGGAAAAAAGCAAAAGUAGUUCCAAUAUUUAAGAGUGAUGAUGAGAAAGAUAUACGCAACUAUAGGCCCAUAUCAAUUCUCUCGGUUUAUGCAAAGGUGUUUGAAUCUUUAGGUUGUCCAAUAAUUCAAAUUCAUUUCAAACGUUUCGUUUCUGAGCAUCAACAUGGAUUUUUGCUAGGUAGGUCUACCACCACUAAUUUAGUUAGUUUCACUUCCUCAUUAUCAGAAGCUAUUGACUCGCAGAAGCAGGUGGAUACCAUAUAUACGGAUUUUAAAAAGGCAUUUGACAAAGUUCCACACGGAAUACUUAUUGAAAAGUUAUCGUAUUGUGGGUUUUCAGGUCCGGUGCUAAAAUGGCUUUCAUCAUACUUACACGACCGUUUUUUUUAUGUAGUUGUUAAUGGGUUUAGCUCUUGA